AGAGGGUGGAGGGAAAUUCGGAUAAAAAAAAAAAAAAGCGGAAACAAAAUUAAAAUCUCUUUACACGAAUUGUCGCGGAAUGUGAUAUGUGUAAGGUCUGAAUUUGGAAGAGGAGAGAGACAUGGAAGCCGCGAUGGGACUGAUGCGGAGGAUUCCGCCGAAACACACAGAAACUGCUCUCUCUGCACUUCUCACCCUUAUGCCUCACCACUCCUCCGAUCUCCUCGCUCAAGUCGAUCAGCCUCUCCAGGUUCUGUGCGAUGUGGAUUGCGGGAAGGAGUUCAUUUUGUGUGAAUACAACAGAGAUGCAGACUCUUACAGAUCACCUUGGUCAAAUAUAUACCAUCCACCGUUAGAAGAUGGGUCCCUCCCUUCUUUAAAGCUGCGGCAGCUGGAAGUUGAAGCAAAUGACAUAUUUGCAAUAUAUCGUGACCAGUAUUAUGAAGGAGGCAUUUCAUCAGUUUACAUGUGGGAAGAUGAUAAUGAAGGUUUCGUAGCAUGCUUUUUAAUAAAGAAAGAUGGCUCAAAGACAGGGCAGGGUAGACGGGGAUAUUUAGAGGAAGGAGCAUGGGAUGCUAUACAUGUUAUAGAGGUGGGACCAGAGGAAGAAAACAACAAUUAUCGUUUGACCAGCACAGUUAUGCUGACUAUGACUACAGAUAAGGAGUCAUCUGGAACUUUCAGUUUAUCUGGAUCAAUUAGACGUCAGAUGAAUAUGAGACUAUCAGUUGCUGAUGGACAUCUUUCUAACAUGGGAAGGAUGAUUGAAGAAAUGGAGAGUAAACUGAGGAACUCACUAGAUCAGGUGUACUUCGGGAAAACAAGAGAAAUGGUUUGCACACUGAGACCACCUUCUGAAGUGGCCCAGAUGAGAAUGCCCGAGAGCUGAUGUGGCGUUGCAUGGUGUAGCAGAGAGAAAUUACUUUGUUUCCUUCAUAUGUUUUGGGUUAUUGGCUGGUAACUUGUGUCAGUAUUUGCAGUAGGUAGUUUCGUUUUAUAGAGGUAGUUAUGUGUGUUGUUUGAGUGCCAAUUGUUGCUUCUGUAGUGGAUAAGCAUCAUGUUUGUUGUUGAUACUUGAAUGUUCAACGAAACAGUGAAAUCCCAAAACUUGUUCUCACGAUAAAUGCCUGAUAUGAUGGAUUAUUUUAUCA